UCUACGAAUUGUGUGUGUUCGUUUGUUUUGAUUUGCCGAUAAUCCUAGACGCUAGCACGAACAGAAAGCACACAUAUUGAACGCACAAAUAUGCGGAUUAUUGUUUAAAUAUUGUGUUCAUUGAUGAUGUAUCUUUCGUGCUAGGUGAUAUACAUUACACAGUGAUCGAUUGCUUGAUUGUGUAUCGUCCAUUGAGUGGGAAAGCUGAUCACACCGAAGGAAAGCAAAGAAAGAAGCAAUUGCAGGAUGCCGUACGCAAUGGUGGAAACGGUGGAUGCUGCGGGAGAUACGAAACUGCUGACUGUGCCAGAGCAGUGGCUUGUUGUCUGCGAAGCGGAAGGCGUCGAGUAUCUGCGUUGGCCGGAUGCGAAAAGCAUUAGACACAUUAAAUCACUGCUGGCCGACGAUCUAAGCCGCCCGGAGGCUUCAUGGGAAAAGCAUAAAUGCACAGUAAUCUAUAGGAAUAUCGCGUCAAUGUUGGUAGCGCAGCAAACGCUGAAAAUAAUACAGCGGCAUCGCAAAACAGAAGACACCGUUGGCAUCGCGAACAGCAGUUCACCAAUUGUUGCGAUGAAACCUGCUGUCACUCAUGGUGGAACAAUUCAAUCGGGCGGAAAUGGGCAAGGAAUGAGCGACCGUCCGAGUACAACUGAAGAGCUAGAUCCCUUUCACGAUGUAGAUUCCGUACCGCCGCUGUUGCAACAACGGGGACCAAGCCAUUCGGCAAGCCGAGAGUACCAGGAAAAUGACCCAUUUGAAGAUAUCGGCAAAUUUGAGGACCUUAACCCACAGAAUGUUAAUUCCGUGGAGCAAGAUGGUUUGCCUACUGUCGUCGACACGAACGAACCGGGUUAUGUUGAGAUGAUGCACACCAACAAGAAUGUUGAAAAUAAUCCUGCACAAGAUGUUAAACUAUUUCCCCAGCUAUACGACAUGAUCCUUGAACUAAAAAGCAUGAUGAAGGCGAACCAGGAAGAGGUUAGACAAAAGCUAGCUGAAGGUUUCAGCCAACUGCAAACAGCCUUCAAGGCGUGGACGGAGCAAAGUGUGCACAGGCAACAGGGCCAGCCAACUUCGUACGAUAUCGCUGAUUAUCAAGUGUACGGGCUGGCGAGCAUAGAGGAGGUGAAGGACUUUGACGAGCGUUUGAAGGAUGCAGAGUUUAGGCAAGGCGUUCACAAAUGGAUCAACAGUUUCGUUAGCGAUGUAGAGAGUUCGUGGAAUCGUAUGAAAAAAAUGAUGAGUGUGAUAUUUAGUCAAAAGUGUGUGCUCGAUCUCAGCAUUACCGGUUCGGGGGGAGUGAGAUGCCCUAUACACAAAUACUUACAAAUACUAAAUUUGUUCAAGUACAUCGGUACCACCAGCAGGCAUCAGGUGAACGAUGGUGAGGUGCGAGAUUUCUUUAUAAAACGUAUAAAGUACGUAAAGGAUAUGGAAACCAAUUGUCACACACACGCGCCGUUGAAGAAGAAAAAUUCUAAAUUACGUACGAUUGCACCGAGCUUGCGUCUGAGCGUGGAGGAGGUGUGCGAGGAUGAAACGAUGAUUGAACUGGAUGAAAGUAUGGAACAGAUUGAAAUGAUGAAAGAGCAGAAUCGAAAGAGAAUGCGGCUCGAUAGCAUUGAACAGCAGCGGGAAAGUAGCUCCAAGGAAGGUAGUCUACAGACUGUAGGGGAAGAAAAUCCACCAGACAGCUGUCGUGUUUUCCCUCUCAAAACGCUAGACGACAUGAAUGCAUUUGAAGUUAGGCUCUGUGACGAGCAUGAACUAAAGCAUACGCAGCUGUGGAUUGACCAAAAUUUGCACUAUGACACGAAGAAUGUUGAAGAUCACAUGAAAACUUUGCUGGAGCGGUUGGUGGAUAAAAAUGUGAUGCUUAACUUUUGCUGGAUCAAGGACACUGGCGGUGGAAAACGUUCGCUGGCGGAAUAUACACAAUUUGUUGGACUGUUUCAUUAUGUUAGGGAAAAAGGAACUUAUGUGCAAGAUCAGGGAUGCGUAUCUAACUUCUUUACCGAAGUUUUGGACCACGUGUCGUAGGGCUGAGCGCUUAGCACACGAGUUCGAGGUAAGCGUGAGAUUAGUUUAUCUGCUUAGGAUAUAUGUAAAAACUAUGGAUAUCAAUUUUAUUGAAUAAAAACUGCCGUAAUCUAA